CUCAAACUGUCAGUCAUUACAUGUUUUAGUGGAACUUUUAUACUGUUCUGUGAAAAAGUACUUGUUUUAUAUUUUACUGCAUUCACAUAGGGCAAUUGCUUUUUCACAAAGGGCCAGGAUAAGAUGCCAAGAGGUUCCUACAAUGCGGCAGACAGUGGUGAAGGUCAUGGCACUGACUCUAAGACACGACGAGAAGCUCAACACUCAGGAGGAGACACUGCAUGGAGCAGGUGGUCCAGACUGACUGCAGUGUGUGAGAUGCUGCUGUGUAUUCUCCUGCUGACUGCCAUCACAGUGCUGUGGAUCAAUUACCACAUCCUGAAGAUAGAAAACAUCCAGCUAAAAACCAGUAACAACAACCUGACUAUAGAGAGAGACCAGUUUCAGACCAGCAACAACAACCUGAUUAUAGAGAGAGACCAGUUACAGAGGGAAAGGGGUGAAUACCUGAGGACAUUUUGUGUUUUGGGGAAGUGUGUCAGCUUUAGCACCAGUCUUUAUUACAUGUCUAAUGAGAAGAAGAACUGGACUGAAAGCAGAGAGGACUGUAUAAAGAGAGGAGCAGACCUGGUGAUCAUAAAUAGUCAAGAGGAACAGGACUUCAUCACUGAACAGCUGCAAGAAAGUCAAGCUUGGAUUGGUCUGAGUGACAGCGACACAGACGGAGAGUGGAAAUGGGUGGACGGUACACCAGUGACCUCUGGUUUCAGUAAAUGGGCUCAACAUGAACCUGACAAUUACCAAGAUAAUGAAGACUGUGGUGAGACUGGGUAUCCUGAUGAACAGCACUGGAAUGAUGCACCGUGCUCUCAUAAACAACGCUGGAUUUGUGAGAAGAAAAAUAAAUAAAUGUUUCCAAAUAAAUCAAGCUGAGUGUAUUAAUCAGUGGGAUGAGUUCUAACUGUGUCUUCAUGAAAUUAUUAUUGUUCAUUAUUAUAACUGCUGAGCACAACAACAAUAUUUUACACCUAUAUGUUUAUCUGUACUGCUUGAAUAACUAGUAAGCUGUGAUAAUAUAAACC